AUGGAGGAAAAUUUCCCUCGCGGCGCCUUCCCGCUCCCUGCCCCCUUAAAUCGCGGUGCCCUCCAGGAUGUCGGUGGCACAGCCGCCACUGCGUUUCCUGUUGGCAGCAGUGAGCCGAGGAAGCAGCGGCGACAGGAGGAGGAGGCCGAGGCAGGAGCAGCUGCUCGCGAACGGGGACCCCUGCCGCCCGCCCCGCUUACCCUGGCCGCCUGGCUCUGGGUCUGCGCGCUGGGCAGGCUGUGCACUGCUGGGUUCCCGGAAACGCCGCGCCCCUGCCAGGCCCCGCAGCAGUGGGAGGGACGCCAGGUCCUUUUCCUGCAGAGCAGUGGGCACAACAGCCGGGCGCUGCUGUCCUAUGACGGCCCCAACCAGCGCUUGCGGGUGCUGGACGAGAAGAAGGCUCUUAUCCCUUGCAAGAGAUUAUUUGAAUAUAUUUUGCUCUAUAAGGAAGGAGUGAUGUUCCAGAUUGAACAAGCCACCAAGCAGUGCUCAAAGAUCCCCCUGACAGUAGCCUGGGACCCUCUUGACAUUCCAGACAACUCCACCUUUGAAGACCAGUACUCAAUUGGGGGCCCCCAGGAGCAGAUCACUGUCCAGGAGUGGUCCAACAGGAAGUCGGCGAGAACCUAUGAAACCUGGAUUGGUGUCUAUACAGCCAAGGAUUGUUAUCCUGUCCAGGAAACCUUCAUCCAAAAUUACACUGUAGUCCUGUCCACACGGUUUUUUGAUGUACAACUGGGCAUUAAAGACCCGUCUGUGUUCACCCCUCCAAGCACAUGCCAGAUGGCCCAGACGGAGAAGAUGAGCGAGGACUGUGCCUGGUGAUCUGCAGGCAGCAGGAACCUCGGCGGGGAGCGGAUCUGAGAGUCUUCACUGCACAUGAAGAUAAUGUAGGGUGAAUAAUCCUUUGUAUGUUUGACAUUGGCUGCAUGGCUGCGUUCACAGAAGGAAACUGGUUGGAUUUUCUGCAUGUCAGUGCUGGGCUGUCCGAAGACGUGGGGGGAUCAGCAUGAGCAGUUUGUCUUGGAAGGAUCGAGUACUUUCUUACUGACACUGUAAGAAUUAAUGGCAGUAGCACAAAGAAAGGCCCCAGUUUUGCUGCACCAGGGUGGCAGUUGUCCCCAUUGACCCCCACCUCCACCUCCACCUGUCCCCUCUGUCCCUUUGGCUGCUAACAAAAUGAGCCGUUAAAAUGCCUUCUAUACUCACAAGCUUCAUGGUGUGACCUGAUGGAUAGAAAUAAUUUGGAAGGAAAUGAAAGGCCUUAAUACAAAGUAAUAAUUCCUCGAAAGGGGAAAGGAAAGGGGAGAAAAAAUUAUAAACAAAAGCUGGGACAACCUUAGUACCUAUACCUGGAGAAGUGUGGGCCAUGCAUGUGCUUGCUCUAUGCACGAGUAUCUCUUACUGUGCUGAAUCUUCACAGACAGUCGGUGGGCAGAGAGUAUUUGAAAAUAACGCAGAAGUAGGUACCAGAGACUAUCACCUCCCAAAUCCAGGGUUAGAAUUCCUUUGCAUCUUGUGCUCUUAACUUCUCCAGGCAUUAAAUGCACUAGGCUUUCCUCACCUUAGCCUUCCUGGGACUCUGUUUUGCAACGUCUGUGUCUGUCUGACUUCUGCUCAUCUUUCCCAGGUUGGCUCACACAUAACCUUUUCUGAGAGCCACACCCAAGCCCAGAUGAGUUACAUUUGCAGCUUGAGCAUGCUUUUCUCAUGACACUUAUGCUCUGGGCCAAUUUCUUGCCUCCUGGACACGACACCAUCCUGUACUAUCCUGCCUAAGAGUCCCCCAAGUAUGGGUACUGUGUCCUGUUUUCUUUUAUAUCCCCAGUACCAACCAAGUGCCUGGCACACAUUGAGCACCCUCAACAUUUGUAGAGUGGCGAAUACUACCCUCUCUGAUCUUGUUUCCUUCUGGGUUAAGUGGGGUUGAAUUUGCUGAUCACUGGGAGAUUUCCAGCAAUGCAAUUUAUUCUAGAUUCUUCCACUAUUGUGUUUAAUCUGGCCAACUAUCUGUAGCUAUCAGGAGAAAUGUACGAUACCUGUAUUAUGGUGAAAAAAUCCAUUACUCAUGGUUUGUCUGUAUUAAUAAACAAAUUUAAUUGCAUCCCCAA